GAAGAAAAAAGUUAUGAUUAUAAAAAAAACAAUGAAAAUGAUUUAAUAUAGCAAUCAAAAAUGAAUAUUUUUUAUUAAAAUAAUAAUUGAAUUUUUUGAAGACACUUGUGUAACAUUAAGGUUACAAUCAUGUCUGGCAAAGGAAAACAAAGUUCUAAAAAAGCAGUUGUUAAAGUACGAGAAAGUGGGAAGACAGUGCAAACUACUACACUUAAUUCAGAUAUGAGUUCAGAGAGCACAGAAACUGCAAUGUCUUUAUCAAUCUUAAAAAUUGCUGAUAAUAGCCGUCUUCUUCCAAGGUAUAGCAGCAUUCUACAACGUAGUGCUGAAGAAGGUGUAGGAAUGGAAGAUCUUGAUACAUUGCAGUUAGAAUUAGAAAUGCUUCUCUCUUCAGUAGUUGUACGACAUCGCAUGCUUCAAGAAGAGAUAACCAAUUUAUCUUCAGCAGAAGAACGUAGAGAUAAAAGAUCCAAAAGUGGAAAAGGUCUUUCUCUUCUGGAUAAAAAAGUCAGAGAAGAAAAAUUUAAACCAAAAGGAUUUAGUACUAAAACACAAUCUCCUAUUCCAGCAAAACUAUUCAAACAAAAAGCUGUUAAUAGCUCAAACUCUCAAAUCAUUCCAAAUGUUCAUGAAAUUUCAAGAAUUGAAGGUUCUAAAUCUGAAUCACCAAAGUUGCUCUUACCAAAAAAUGAUACACCUAACAAAUUUUGGGCAUCUGUUGAUCCAUAUUGUACUGAUAUUAUGUCUGAUGAUAUUAAAUUGUUAGAAGAAUUAAUCUCUACACAUAGUGACAUAAGUGAUUUUAAGAAAAUUCCUUCAUUAGGUCGUCAUUACAGUUUAAUAUGGGCACAUAAUGAUUUAUUGCAAGAAGAAGAUGCAGCUAAUCCAAAUCGGGACAAGAAGAAAAAUCGUUCAGAUGUAUCUUUAUUAGUUGGAAAAAAUGAUAAAAAAGCACAUAGUAUAGCAGGACCUCUAACUCAAAGAUUAGUCUCUGCUUUAUUAGAAGAAAAUGUAUAUGUUGCAAAUAAUAAUACAGAUAAUAAACUCUUUAGAGAUAAUGAUCCUCCUGUUUUAAGAGAUCUUACUAUUCAGAAUUCUAUAAAUUUAGAAUUAAGAAUGCAUAAAGAAUUAGUUGAACAAGGAAUUUUAGAACCAGAUGCACAAAAAAAGAGUCAAGAAGAUGACGAAAUUCUGACUGAAAUAAAACGAUGUCAACAGGAGCUUACUGCACUUUCCAACCAUAAUGUAACACAGUUAAAAAGACUAUUGAAUUUAGCUCAAGAGGAAAGUAAGCGACAAGCAUUGAAAAGAAAAAUUAGUACAGCAGAUAAUGAAGUAAUAGAACACUACAAGAAACUUAUAUUAGCAAAACAAAGGGAAGUACCUUUAACAAAAAAGGAACAAGAAAAAGCAUGGUCGUGUCUUCGAGAGAGAGAAAAUCUUUUAGAUCAAUUAAAUAUGCUACCACAUAAUAACAUAGGAGAACCUAUAGGUUUCACCACUACUACAGACUAAAUACAAUUUUUUACUGUAUUAUAUAAUAUGGUGAUAAAAACUAUUGUAUUAUAAAAAUUAUAAU